CGGUGCCCGAGCAGCAAGCGCGCAGUGCGCACAAUAAAUCUCAAGUGUGUGUGUCCGCCUUCGCAUGCACGUAUAAGGUAUAUACAUGUACUCCUACGCAAGUCGCAAGCGAGUGAGCGAGCGCCGAGCAGCAUCGAAAUAGUAUGGAUUGAGAAUUAAGAGUCGACGCAGGAGGAGCAACCGGCAGCGUUGAAAAGUAAAUAAAUAAAGCAUAUGUGCAUGCAAGAGGAAGAAGAUCAUCGAUAGUGCGCGCAGUGCUGGCUGGCUUUUUUUAGCCGGGCGUCGGUUGAUAAGCCUCUCUCGGACUCGCAGGCAGCUUGCUCCAAAUUAGGCGGCCCCCUCCGCUCCUUUGGCUCUCUCAUUCCAGUUUCACUCGCAACGUCGUCGUCGUCCGUUACCACUUUGUCGUCGACGUCGUGGUGCAAUGAAACGUUCAUGAUAUCUCUAGCCUUUUUCGUGCGAGCGCGUGUGAAUGUGUGUUUAGAACUGCAAGCAGCUAUGUUGGCCUUGGAAUUGCAGGCGUGGAGCUUGUUUGGAUUCCUGGCCAAACAAGGCCAAGCAGAAGAAUGCUGCGCGGUAAGUUGAAAGACUUUACAACCUGGAUGGUCUAUCUUCGUUCAGAGCCAUUCGAGCCCAAAAUGUUUGGCUCCAAAACGAGUGGCACCAGUACUUUCUAUACAGAUUUACAUAUCACUGAUGAAAAGGACCUAAAAUCUUCAUCUGUUGAUUCAGAAAAGACUGGCAAUAGGAAUUCACGAUUAUUAGAACAACAAAGUGCAGCUAGUGAAGAUGGCAAUUCACAAGACUCAGACUCAGUUGGUGGACAGGAGGAGCAGAAUCAACCACCUAGACAUUCCUUUUAUAGAAUUGCUAGUUUUGGUGGAUUUCCCAGGUUUAGACCUUUUGUUAUGUCUACUUCAACAUCAACUGUUUGCUCUGAAACCAAUACGGAACAGGAAACAACAGUUGAAUCAUCAUUUAGCAAAAUGUCUCAUAGUGUUUUGGAAUAUAGAAGUAGCAGAUAUGUAGUAACAGAUAGUUCUUAUCAAAAUGAUUAUGCAGUGAGUGAAUCAGAGAGCGAUGAAGAAUCAGAAGAGACUAGAUCUUCUGAGACAGAUUCAGCAAUUGUUGCAGAUCACGCCGAUGAGUUGUUGGUCGAAGCGAAGUUACGGGCUAAAAAGAAUUUGAUUGACGCGAAGAAGAAAAAAGCUCGACAUAUCGCCAACGAAUUGUUGAGUACAGAAAAGAAGUACGUCAGCGUUCUUUAUUUAAUUGAUCAGAUAUUUCAAUUCCGCGUCGAUCAGGAGAACAGAGCCCAUCCAAUGUUUCCAAGUGAAACGGUCCAGCAUAUGUUUUCAAAUAUAAAAUCGAUUUACAUAUUCCACAAUGACUUCUUGUUACCCCAAUUGGAAGAGAGAAUAGAGGCAUGGGACGCCGAUCCCAGAAUAGGUGAUAUUAUGAAGAACUUUGCUCCAUUUUUGAAGAUGUACACGGAAUACGUGAAGAAUUUCGAUUACGCUAUAAAUCUCAUAAGUACGUUACAACAAAAAGUUACGAGGUUUGCAGCCAUUAUCAGUGAAAUUCAAAAGUUAGACGAGUGCGCAAAACUUACACUGGCUCAUCACAUGUUAAGUCCUAUCCAGAGAUUACCUAGAUACGAAUUAUUGUUGAAAGAUUACUUGAGGAACCUUGUUAAAGAUAAUCCUGAUUACGAAGAUACCAAAAAAGCCCUAGAAUUAGUAUCAAUCGCUGCAAAUCACACAAACGAAGCAAUGAAAAAGAUCGAUAAGUUCAAAAAGCUUUUGGAAAUCCAAGAAAGUAUUUACGAUUCGACCGACCUAGUCAGCGCGACGCGUGAGCUCGUCAAAGAAGGGAGAAUCGUCAAGAUUUCAGCGAGAAGUGGUGAUCAUCAAGAAAGACACAUGUUCCUAUUUAGCGAUAUCCUACUACUAUGCUCCCUCCGACUGAUUCCCGGGCCAUUGUAUCGUUUACGCGCCAAAUUCAUGAUUGAGAAUCUCCAAGUUAUCGAAGGUGACAACUUGGAGACUGCAAAUACGUUUUAUCUUCGUGAUGAGAAUAAGAGCGUGGAGCUUUACACAGAAUCGGCAACGGAAAAAGCUGCCUGGUUAGACGCGUUGUUCGAGACGAUGCAAGAGAUUAUGAGACGCAAAGCAAGCCUCAAAACCAAUAACACUAACAAGACGCCCCUGCUGAAGGCUGACGACGUCACGAGGUGUAUGGUUUGUGAGGCCAUAUUUUCCGUGAUGAAGCGCAAGCACAAUUGCCGGGCUUGUGGCAUCGUCGUCUGUAGUAAAUGCUCAAACCAAAAGUUAAUCUUUGAAGACAACAAAAGCAUGCGAGUGUGUCGACUAUGUCAUGCAGCUUUGACACAACCAAUGGGAAAAACUUCACCUUCAUUACCGAACGGUCCAAGUUUACUACAAGUAUCAGCAAGCGCAGCGUCAGUCCUUUCGGGUUACCUAUUCCUCAAGACACAAGCAAGCAAACCGUGGACAAGACGUUGGUUUGCACUUCACAAUGACUUCGUCCUCUAUAGUUUCAAGUCCGAGGCGGAGCGUACCGCAAUGACGGCUACUCCUAUGCCUGGAUUCACGAUCAUAGAUGCCGCUCGACUUUCCGAUGAAGAUCAUCUUAGAGACCGCGUAAGGGCAUUCAAGAUUCAUCACUCGCGGAAAAGUUAUUAUCUACAGGCUUCUACGGAGGAGGAUAAAGAGAGGUGGCUUAAUGUGUUAGAAUUAGCAACAAAGGCAGAACUACCUCUAUCCACGGACGAAGUCAAAGACGCACAAUAAGAAAGUCAAUAAUACCAUGCCGAAGAUAAAAAAAAUAUAAAAGUAUUCUGCCCUGUAUUAAGCAACUUAGCCAAUUUCCAUAUCGCGUAAAGAGAAAUAAUAUUGAAUCCAUAUAGCACAUAAGUGUUGACAAAAUAGUCGUGCGAAUAAGUAUUGUUAACUUGUAUUCAAUUUUUUCCUGAUGGUAAUCAUUAUUACGAUCGUAUAGAUGUGAACAAAUCUUCUGACAUCACGUUGUUCCGUAUACAUGUACAAAAAACAAAAAGCGAAACAAAAAAAGUCGCCGUAAAUAGCAGUCAAUUUUGAAAAUUACGUUAUAUGCGAGCGAAAUAAAGUUACAAGUUUCUUUGUUAUGUGAUAUACAAAGCGUGAACGUAACUUAGAAAGUGACGUAUUAUGCAGAAGUUGAAAGAGUAAAAAGAAAAAGAUAAAUUUUUAUCUCUUCUGUACAAGGCCACUUUUAGAGACUUUAUAUCGAAAAUCGUGUCAGUUUUUAAACGCAUUUUUAAAACACACACGAUCACACCCAGUGUAUUGACUAUACGCUGUUCUGGGCGCUUGUUAUUUUUGUAAUAUUAUGUUAUAAUCUAUUUAAAUAUUAUAUACGUCGUUUGACCAGCGAUAAUUAUUAAAUUAAGAUAGAGUCGAUAGACUGUAUUUGAUGGUGAAUAUUAUAUAGACUUAAUGAAAUCGCGCUGGAUUGAGUGAUUCAAUGUUAUAAUGAGAGGCAAUUGAAUUUUUAGCUUUGGUGUUAAUAUCAGCAGCUCGCAAUUAUUGAAUUCUGUGAUUUAUACAAUAAAUUCAAUUCGUUCUGGUAAUCAAGACAUACAUUUCUUUGUUUCGCUUUAGCUGUUAACUGCACCGUUCUAUGUAUAUAUACGUUUUUUAUAAUAUAAUAAAAAUAAUUCUUUCGUCAAUCUUUAUGAAAUCGUAAUGAUUAGUGUAACUAUUGACUAUUUCUGUUCAAUCGAUGAAUUGUAUAAUCUACUAGGAUUUAUAGACUGAUCUUGUUCUUUUCGUAAAAUUAAGUUUUUCCAUCUAUAUUAAAGUUUAUGUCACGUCAAAGUAUGCUAGCUUGCGAAAAUGUCUACAGUGUGAUGUAUUUCAUAAAGCUUGACAUUGAAAAAUACAUUGUUUAUCAGUGACGAACAAAUACAGAUCUCGAGUAUCGUUA